GCGCUAAGUUCUGCCUCUUCUUUAGCGCUCUCCUGCCCUGUUAUCCGAGUCUUUAGGCACUGCCAGUACUAGUAGCGGCAGCCCUGUCCUAGUACAGUACAAUCAGAUGCGCCUUUUCCCUGCAGUCGCACUAACAUUUAUGCCACUGCUGCAGUUGUGCUCACAUGUCACUCGUGGCAGCUGUGCUGUGGGCUUCGAUCUUUUUGUGCCAUCUACAGUAAUAGGAAAGGGACGGGUACCCGUCGGCAGCAGACGUUCAAGUUCUUCCGUCAGCUCUGAGCCCACACGGCCUAACCAUGGACAAUGCACAACAGUGGCACCGUUGGUAGUGGACUUGAAAUGCGUUCAUAUGAUGAUUGUGUGUGGAAUCUUGGCUGGUCAGACUGCGCGUCCCAGUGGUCGAGUGUCUUUGGGCUGCGCCGCCGGACCAUGACGAAUAGAAGAGCAGAUGCACCGACACAAAACACAACUCAGCCGCCUCCGUGUGGAGGGGUGGAAAGGCUGUUGAUUCCCGGCCAAUUGAAUACCAGUUGCUUCCACAAGGUCAACACCUGAUCGCUUUUCAAAACCUGCUUUGAUCGAUGUUUUGUCGUCUGUGCUGGACCUCAU